AUGUUCCUGGCUGCCCUGUCCUUUGCCUACUUCUCUAAAGCCUUGUCUGGGAGUUACAUGAAAAGUACGAUAACCCAGCUGGAGAGGAGAUUUGAUAUCCCAAGUUAUUUGAUAGGUGUUAUCGACGGGAGCUUUGAAAUAGGUAACCUAUUGGUGAUAGCCUUUGUGAGUUAUUUUGGUGCCAAGCUUCACCGACCUAAGAUCAUAGCGAUCGGAUGUGUCCUGAUGUCGUUUGGGACGUUCCUCAUCGCCAUGCCUCAUUUUAUUUUAGGACGCUAUAAGUUCCAAUCGUCAGUUAGAGCGUCCAUGAAUUCAACCACUACCUUCGGUCCAUGUCCAGCAAGCUCAGCUGAGUCCACACAGGCAGGUGACAAGGCCUCUAUACUGCCGUCUGUAGGCUGUGAGCAAGAGUCCAGUGUGUCUAUGUGGAUCUAUGUGUUCCUGGGUAAUGUGUUAAGAGGGAUAGGAGAGACUCCUGUACAUCCGCUGGGAAUCUCCUAUAUAGACGACUACGCCAGGUCUGAGAAUGCAGCCCUUUACAUUAGCUGUGUCCAGACCAUAUCAAUCAUAGGUCCUGUCUUUGGCUACUUACUAGGAUCCUUGUGUGCCAAGAUAUACGUUGACAUAGGAUACGUGAACAUGGAGACUAUCACCAUCACCCCAGGCGAUGCCCGCUGGGUUGGGGCGUGGUGGCUAGGGUACCUCAUAGCCGGGGCUAUCACCCUCAUGUCUGCCGUACCCUUCUGGUUCCUGCCCAAGUCGCUGCCCAUGCCCGUGGAUAAGCAACUUAAUGCCAACUGCACCCCAGUACAGACCCGGUUCAUCAAGGACUCUCCCUCAGCCAUGGAACAUAAGUUUAGACCAGAGGAACCGGCCAACUUCCAUCAAAUGGCUAAAGAAUUUGUUCCAACAUUGAAGAGCUUACUGGGAAGUCCAGUCUAUAUAACCUACCUCUGCGUGACCAUUAUUCAAUUCAACUCUCUCAUCGGCAUGGUAACCUACAAGCCCAAAUACAUUGAGCAACAUUACGGACAGUCAGCAUCAAAAGCCAACUUCCUAAUGGGCACGGUCAACAUCCCCGCAGUGGCUCUGGGGAUGUUCUCAGGGGGUGUGGUCAUGAAGAAGUUCAAGCUGGGCGUCAUGGCAGCUGCUAAGUUCUCCUUCGGGACCUCCCUGCUGGGGUACUUCCUGUCCCUCUUCUUCUUCGCCAUGGGCUGUGACAACGCCAAGGUGGCUGGGAUAACCAUGUCAUACACAGGGGUGGAGGGGUUGUCGUACCAGCAGCCAUCUCUGUUCUCUGAGUGUAACUCCGGUUGCCUGUGCUCCGGGAGUGACUGGGACCCUGUCUGUGGAGAGAACGGGAUCACGUAUGUGUCCCCCUGUUUGGCUGGCUGUACAUCCUCUACCGGAGCAGGCAGAAACACGGUGUUUGACCAGUGCAGGUGUGUGGCAGUGACAGGGGCAGGUUCUCAGCCCAGCAACCUGACUGCCUCCCUGGGUCACUGUCCAAUCAGAGACAGCUGUGACACAAUGUUCCCCUACUUCCUCUUCUUGUCUGUCAUCACUUCCUUCAUCAUCUCUCUGGGGGGAACGCCAGGCUUCAUGCUUCUCAUCAGGUGCAUUAAGCCUGAGUUUAAAUCCCUUGCUCUUGGAGUCCACACGUUGGCCACCCGGACCCUGGCUGGCAUCCCUGCACCUAUCUACUUCGGAGCCGUCAUAGACACGACCUGUUUAAAGUGGGGAAUCACACAAUGUGGAGGAAGAGGAGCGUGCAGAAUCUACAACACAACAGCCUACAGGGUAGUAUACCUGGGUCUGACUAUGGGCCUGAGGACUGUCUCUUUCUUCCUGUGUAUACUGGGCUUCACUCUACUCAGGAGGCACGUCAAGCAGGAAGAGAAAAUGGCGCUGACCAAUGGGAAUGUAGAGAUGGAGGCCGAGUCUCUCAGGAAAGAGGAGAGCAACAGCUCUUUACACUGUGACCAGUUUGUAAGAGCGCUGGACUGUAACCCUGACAGGGAGACACGCCUUUGA